GGUGACUGUUCCACUCGUCGGAGGAGAGUGCGGUCGGCUGUGGUGGAGAGUUAAGUGGCGUCCCUCUUCCUGUGGGCACAGCUUGAGUUGGACUAAACAGUUAACCUGACGCUCCAUGGAACAUCAGUGAUGUAUUAAAAAAAAGGCAGUUGGACUUCAAAUUAAGGAUCUGUGUGUAUAAAUUUGAUUCGAUUUUGUGAACACGUUUCGUCUCUUAUAUCAAUAAGUGGCAUAGUUAAGCCUCUAUUAUAAAUCCCAAUAUGAGUGGUUGCUGAACGAAAAAGGAAAGACGAAAAGUGAAGUAAAGAGAAGGAAAAUAAGCGAAUUUGAAUAGAAAAGGAACAAAAAGAAAAAGAAAAAAGAGCAAAGAAUCACAAAAGCAACACAUAGAUCAAACAACCAAUCAACAAGCCAAACAGAAGAAGGAAGAUGAAAACCGAAAAGUCUUGGCUUCUGGAGGGAUGGAGACACAAGUUCAAGAAGCCUUCCUUCCAAGAAACGGCCUAUGGACCUGUGAGCACCAACACAGCUGCGGAGGACACCUGCGGGUCUCUGGAGUCCUCCCUGACGUCGAGCGGGCGCCAUGGACGUGCCAACAACGGACUGGGUCUCCUGUUCACCUCCUUCUUCUUGGUGGCACAGGUGGCAGGGCUGGGAGUGUUGGCACUGCCUUGGGCUGUGGCGCAGACAGGCUGGGGUGGUGUGGGCGUCCUUGCUGGGUCCUGCCUCGUCGUUGGAUUCUCCGCGUGCCACCUGGGACACACUUGGAUUAUCCUGGAGGAGAGGUGGCCCGAGUACCAAAGGGCGUGCAGGAAACCGUAUCCUGCGAUGGCUUAUAGGACUCUUGGAAUGUUCGGAUGGCACCUGGUAAACAUCGUCCAGUGCGUGACGCUCUUUGGCGUGUCAACCGUGACCAUUCUCCUGUCGGCGCAGCUCUUAGCCUCGGUGCUGGAAACAGUGUUCCCGCAGCUGACAGUCUGCAGCUGGAUCAUCGUCUGCGGCUGCGCUCUCGUUCCGCUGUCCUGGUUCGGCAGCCCGAAGGACUUCUGGCAAGCCUCCGUCCUGGCCAUGAUCGCUGUCAUCGCCGCCAUCGUCGUGGUCAUCGUCAAAGUGGUGGUCGAGGCCCCAGGAUUCAACCCCGAGCACCCGGCUCCUACCUUCUCCUCCUUCUUCCUAGGCUUCGGGACGAUCAUGUUCUCGUACGGGGGCGCCGUCACCUUCCCGACGAUCCAGAACGACAUGUCAGAUCGGUCCAAGUUUCCUGUUGCCAUCAUGAUCGCUUUUUCAGCUCUGAUGGUCCUCUACGUCCCCGUGGCUGUCCUCGGCUACCUCGAGUUCGGCAACAGCGUCGAGGUGAACGUGCUCCUCUCCGUGCACGGGGUCGCCGUCCAGGUCACGCGAGUGCUCAUGCUGGUUAACAACGCCUUCACCUACAUCCUGGUGGUCAACCCGCUUUCGCAGAGCCUGGAGGAGGCCCUCGGCCUGCCCAACGCAUUCGGAUGGCGUCGCUGUAUUCUGCGGACAACCAUCGUGGGCGCAGGAGUCGUCAUCAGUCUGGCGGUGCAAAACUUCGGCAAAAUAUUGAACCUGAUUGGCAGUUUCUCCGUGCCUCUUCUGACCUUUAUCCUGCCUCCCAUUUUCUAUAUGCGACUUUGCGACUCGAAAGAAAACGGAAACUGGCUAACAAGGCACAUCCACUGGUCUCACCGCACGCUACUCUGGUUGGUGGUGCUCAUAGGAGUUGUGACCACAGUAGCUGCCACGUGGUCGGCUAUGAACGCUCUGUUGGCACCUGGGCAGUACGAGGGCACCUGUUUCGACUCCGUAUAAGUACUGUGGCACUGAACGCCCUGUGUGGCGUCUCCAUGUGCUCGGGGGAAAAAAGGGGGGGAGGGGGAGGGUAGGAAGAUUCUAUAAAAAAAAAAAUGUUUCCAUUGCUGUGUUGAGUGUUUUCAAAAUUGUGAUUUUUUCUUUAUAUUUUGAGGGCUGUGUGUGGGGCAGAGAUGAAUGUGGAAUUUUUUUGCUCACUUAUUGUUUUGUAGAAUUAAUGUAUGUUGUUAUCUAGUCCGUCAAUGAUUAGCGUUUAGUUAAACAGGGUACCUUUUUUAGUAUUUUUUUUUUAGUUUAUUAUUUUUUGUGUGUUUUUCAUCUCUUUUUCAUUAUCUAUAUAUCUAUCUACAGCCUAAUCGUCUGUCUAAUGCUAUUUAUCUCUGUAUCAGUCCCCUCUUCCUCUCUCUCUCUCUCUCUCUCUCUCUCUCUCUCUCUCUCUCUCUCUCUCUCUCUCUCUCUCUCUCUCUCUCUCUCUCUCUCUCUCUCUCUCUCUCUCUCUCUCUCUCUCUCUCUCUCUCUCUCUCUCUCUCUCUCUCUCUCUCUCUCUCUCUCCCUCUCACCAUCAUCAUCAUCACCAUCAUCACUAUCAUCCUCCUCCUUAUCACCUUCUUCUUCUUCUCCUCCAUCUUCUUCCCUGUUUUCUAUGUAUCCGUCCCAGUCAGAGUAUAUUAAUAUGUUUGCACAAAACUACUGAAUUCAAUGAAUCCAAAGUUUGUCUGUAUAUAGUACGUGAUGUUUUGGGUAGGUUUUGAUUUGUAUUUUGACUGAGUAAAGAGAUGAAAAUUGAUUUCUUAAAAAAAAUGUAUAAUGAAUACGGUAUGAAUGAUAGAUAGAAGUGUAAAGAGGAAUACAUAGCGAUAAGACGAGUAUGUAAAUGAAUGUGUUAGUGUUUCAUCAGACGUGUUUAUUAUGAUUAGAUAACUAAUAAAGUUUUGUUCAUA